AUGUCGUAAGAAGAGCUGUUAAGCAACUCAAGGUAGCGACAGUAGCGUAGACAACCGUAGCGUUUUUUUUGCUAGCUAGCUAACUAAUUUUAGUCCAGUUGACCUUGUAUUGGCACUAAACCAAUAUUAGCGAUGUCUUGUUAGUUGGUGCUUUUCUUUGUUUAGAAGGCUGUCAUGCUAAGGUCACAGGAGUGUAGGCUUCAUACAAGUUGAUAUUUUGGCUAAAGCUGGCCUGCUUAGAUAGCUAGUUAGCUACCUAACUAGCUAGUCAUUUUAUCCAGUUAUAAAGACUAGCUAUAGCCCAAAGGCCAGCAUAUGGCGAUAUUGAAACGGCUCAAUAUUGCCAUCUGUCAUCUGCCGGUCUUUGGGCUAGACUAGCUAUAUAGUUAGACAGGUCAUAUGUUGAUAGUGUAUCUAAAUUUUCCCAGUUAACCCAAUUUGCAUGGUUUUGUUAACUACAUUGUUGUGACACUAGUCACUCUGCUGCAGCAUGUGGUCAACCAAGGAUAUCUACAGUUUCAACCCCAGUUUAUGUGUGUGUACUGUGUACGUGUGGGUGUUCCUACAGGAUGGAGAGUCAGGAGUCAUCCUGUUCCUCAGCAACACCAGAGAGAAGCUCCAACCCUCCAGAGCCAGUCAGGUCCUCGACCCCCAAACACAGGAAGUCACCUAAGAGACGACGGGAGGAGAAGAGGUCCCAAUGCCAUCAUCUCAGGGAACACCUGUUACUGCCCGACAGCGAGCAACGCAGGUUGCCGGGCCAACACGAACACUCCGAGCCCUCUGGGUCUUCGACGGCGGAGAUGGCAGAGACCUCCCCUAAAAGGUGUGUGUCUGAGAGACGCAGGUAGCCUGGGACAGUAGUCUCUUUCAGUAGCUGCUUGGUGUGCUGUCUUGUCUAUAGGAUUUGUCAAGACAGCACAAAAAGAUCUGGGACCAGGCUAACAUGAGACUACUGGGACAAUAAUGCCAUUAUAGCAAAAGUACUGCCUAGGGUAGCUAGCUGGACAUGCUGUAGUCACAGUACUGCCUUAGGGUAGCUAGCUUGGACAUGCUGUAGUCUCACAGUGAUUACUUGCAACCUUUUAGAUUAGGUUAGGAGGACGACACUCUUGUAUGACUCCUCUGUAUGGACGCUAUGUCGGACUCUCGUUGACUCUGUCUGUCUGUCUGUCUGAUUCUGUCUGUCUGUCUGAUUCUCUCUCUCUCUCUGUCUGUCUGUCUGUCUGGCUGACUCUCUCUGUCUGUCUGUCUGACUGUCCUCAUUUCUACCUUCUACAGGAGAGCUCACUUUCUCCAUGGACCUUAUCCUGCCACUCACUUUGGACCCAAAGCCUGUAUUCUUCCUAACCCAACCUCAGUCAUGUAAGUCAUUGGUGUGUGAAGUUCAUUGCACGUACAGUACAAACUGAAUGGGAUCUGGAAUGUGUUUCCCUCGCUGUCUUUGUUAUUUUAAUUAUGUAAUUUGGCAUUGAAUCCUUUACCUAACUGUCCUAGUAUCAGGAGGUAAGAUGAUCAUUAAGGACAGGGCUGUGAUUGGGUAGUAUUGUCCUAUGAACCGGUACUGUGAGUCAGGACCAGGGGCGGUGUGUUCAUUAGGGCGAUAUGGGCGACACACUGCCAAACGGGAAAAGGAAGGGAUUUUUUUUCUAAUCAAUUAUAUCACGGCAACAGUAGUUACGAUAAUCUCCUUUUAUGCACUCAGACAUGCGUUGGUUGUACCAACUGGCUAACGGCCAUCAGGUCGCUAACGGCCUGGUACCCAGCGCUCUAUUGUCCCUCUAACCAUCAGGUCGCUAACGGCCAUCAGGUCGCUAACGGCCUGGUACUACAGCAGCUCUAUUGUCCCUCUAACCAUCAGGUCGCAACGGCCAUCAGGUUCGCUAACGGCCUGGUACCCACGCUCUCAUUGUCCCUCUAACCAUCAGGUCGCUAACGGCCUGGUACUCAGCGCUCUAUUGUCCCUCUACCACUCUGACAUCAAUGCAAAUGCAAACAAAAAUCACAUCAAACACUUAUCAUCAAAACGUAUCAUGCUUUAAAAACUUACCUCGCUGUGAUUGAUCAAUUUGAAGAAAGAAUUCAACACAGGUUGAAACUGAGUGUAAAACCUGGUUGUUGUGGAUGUUGUUUCAAAGCCUAAAUAAUGAAAUGGACAGCGCUUUCUCUAAGGUGAUGAUUCUACACAGACACAGCUGGUGCUUGUGCUGAGGUACAUAGAUAGCAACCACAAAGUGCAGGAGCGCUUUUUUGAGUUCCUUCCCAUCUCGGAAUCAACCUCGGUCUCAAUCGCCAGUGUGCUUUUGGAGAGACUGAACUGUCUUUUUGCCGACGACGAGAAAGUCAAACUGUGGUGCACUGGCACUGUACCAGGUUCUCAUGAGCUACAACCUCCAGGAGACGUUCUCUGAGACUGUGACUCUGUUGAACAUCCUCAUAACUACUCCCAUGACAACAGCUGAAGCUGAGAGAUGUUUCUCAACUUUGACACGAGUUAAGACAUUCCUGCGAAAUUCAAUGGGCCAGGAACGUCUGAAUGCACUGGCCAUCCUUUCCAUGGAGAGGGAACUAGUCCUCAGCAUGCCUGAUUUCAAUGAGAAAGUCAUUGACCGCUUUGCUGCAUUGAAAGAGAGAAGAGAACAGUUUCAGUACAAGUAAUGUAGCCUCUCUCUCUCUUUGUCCCUCCCUGUCUGUCUCUUUAACACACACACGCCCAAAUCAGUUCACAGUUGAUGUUGUUUAAAAUAGUUAUUUUUCAUUUUUAAAAAAGUAAAAAAAAAAAAAAAAUCUGUUCAUGUUCAUUUUUACAAAUCUAUACAAUUGGCCAGAAUAUGGUUGUUCAUAUUUACAAAUCUAUACAAUUGGCCAGAAUAUGGUUGUUCAUUUUUACAAAGCCAUACAGAUAGCUGUGUUUACCUUUUCUAGAAAUUAUUUUCAAAUUCUGUUUUCAGGCAAAAUGUCUAUCACUGUUCAUUUUCACAAAUCUAUACAAGAGGGCAGAAUAUGGAAGUCUAUAAAAAUUUCUUAUUACCAAUAACUUGCAUCAAUGUUUUCAGUAGCCUCUAUCAAAAGCUCCUGCUUGCUUGUUGUGAAUUAUGCUCAGGUGCACAUAUUUCCAAUUCAACCAUGAGGCAAAAAAUGUGGUAAAAGCUCUUGUUGAUCCUGCAAUCUGAACAAAUACCAAGAUGCUGUAUUUUCAGCUGAUAUUUCAUUUGUUUAUGGAAAUGCAUAUUGUUUAUGCAGUGUUGAGGAAUGUGAAAGAACACCCUUGAUUAUUUUUACUGUGAUAACUUAUUUUGCUUUUGUAAGCCAACACUUUUGAGAUCAGUCAAUAAAUGCUUCUGGCAUUGACUUAUAUGCUGCCCCUGUCUUCAUGUUGUUGCUGGACAUAUCUUUUUUUAAAAUGUGUGUAGGUCACCUAAAUCAUCAGAAAAAUUGCCCCCCCUGAGAAUUUUUUCAGGAGCCGCCACUGGUCAGGACACACAGGGUGCUUGGUUGCAGAGGGUCUAGCCUUAGGCUGUUGCUGUGACCGUAUUACCGCCACACCGGCUGUCAUGAGUCAUGACCGCAGUAAAAUUCCACGUGACCGUUGAGUCACGGUAAUCUCCUUUUAUGCACUCAGGACAUGCGUUGGUAGUACCCAACUGGCUAACGGCCAUCAGGUCGCUAACGGCCUGGUACUCAGCGCUCUAUUGUCCCUCUAACCACUCUGACAUCAAUGCAAAUGCAAACAAAUAUCACAUCAAACGCUUAUCAUCAAAACAGUAUCAUGCUUUUAAAAACUUACCUCACUGUGAUUGAUCAAUUUGAAGAAAGAAGUUCAACAACAGGUUGAAACUGAGUGUAAAACAUGGUUGUUGUGGAUGUUGUUUCAAAGCCUAAACAAUGAAAUGGACAGCGCUUUCUAAGGUGAUGAUUCAUUCAAAACACCCAUACUAUUAGAGCUUAUGCAGAGGCCUAUAUAUGAGCCCAAGCCCCCCCCCCCCCAAAAAGCCCUGAAUUAAAAUAAUGAUUGUGCCAUUGUACAAUACAUAGCCUAUAUAUUACGCAAGGCAGAAAAAAAGACAGAUUUAAGAUGUCUUUGGUACAUAAUUGGUCUAGCCUAUACUCCAAAAUUAAACUAAUUCUAGUAAUGGCCUUUGAGUGUGGACAGUAUUAUUAUGCAUGCUGGAUGGACUGGUUACCUUAUGCCAUAGGGCAUUUUUCAUAUUUUUAUAAUUGAUAGGCUGACACAUUACCUUUUAGCUUUAGAAUAUCUCACCACUGUGCGUUUCCAUCUCCUCUCUCUCUCUCUCCUUCCGUUCUCCAGCGUGCAGAGCGAGAGGGGCUGUCAACAGUUUAAUGAAAUAUGUUUCGUUGUGGAAACAUGUUACUAUCGAUGUUCCCGAACAGAUUUAGCUUUGGUUUCCCAAAUUAAGCACUGGGUAGCUGCAAGAACAGGGUUGGAGAGCCCCAUGGCAUACAGAGUUUGGGUGGAAUAUCACCUGUCGCACAGCGAGAGGCUGCAUGCUCCUACCCAGCAUGAUUGAAAAACGAACUGGGGGGGGAAAGCGGCCUCCAUUCACUAUUUGAGUGCAUACGGAGGACAUGUAUUUUCCCCCAUGCCCCUCUUCCUGCACAUUUCAUAAUGGGCCAUUCUAAAUCAAAACUAAUUUUACAUAUUAGUAAAGACAACAUUAAAUUGAGAAUAGUCUGAUGGGUGAAAAUAUGAUCACUUGAGAGAACAGCGUGUGCAGCCUGAGGCAAGGAACAGAGCACAAGCUUCUUUUUUUUUGUGACUUUCUCAAAUCGUCAAUAGCCUAUAGUCACAUCAUGCAGCCCAUAUACACUGGACAAAAAUAUAAAGGCAACAUGUAAAGUGUUGGUCCCAUGUUUCAUGAGAUGAAGUAAAAGAUCCCAGAAAUGUUCCAAUAUUAUUUCUCUCAAAUUUUGUGCACAAAUUUGUUUACAUCCCUGUUUGUGAGCAUUUCUCCUUUGCCAAGAUAAUCCAUCCACCUGACAGGUGUGGCAUAUCAAGAAGCUGAUUAAACAGCAUGAUCAUUACACAGGUGCACCUUGUUCUGGGGACAAUAAAAGACCACUCUAAAAUUUGCAGUUUUGUCACACAACACAAUGCCACAGAUGUCUCAAGUUUUGAGGGAGCGUGCAGUUGGCAUGCUGACUGCAGGAAUGUCCACCAGAGCUGUUCCCAGAUAACAGGACAGUUACAACCUGAGUAAAUCCUGCUCAUUGCUCAUGGAUCGCUCCAGCGCUCCACGUCCUUUCCAACCACUCCGCUCCGCGCUCACAAAAAAAGUAAUAAAUGCCGCUCCAAAUUCACUCCAUUAAUUAAAAUCACAAUUUAACCAACACCCAUCUAUUUUUGUGACUACCUGGACCUACCAUUUGGUUUUGAAGUAUUGAAACCAAACCAUAUGGAUUUGAAUGAAAAGUAUUUGAAUAUACAGUGCAUUUGGAAAGUAUUCAGACACCUUCCCCUUUUCCACAUUUUGUUACGUUAAUAAUAAUAAUAAUAAUGCCAUUUAGCAGAUGCUUUUAUCCAAAGCGACUUAGUCAUGUGUGCAUACAUUUUUAAUUAUUAUUAUCAUUAUUAUUUAUUCUGGGGAAGGGUACCAAAACAUUUCUGCAGCAUUGACAGUCCCCAAGACCACAGUGGCCUCCAUCAUUCUUAAAUGGAAGAAGUUUGGAACCACCAAGACUCUUCCUAGAGCUGGCCGCCUGGCCAUACUGGUCAUGGUCUGAGAGUCUUUAGGUGCCUUUUGGCAAACUCCAAGUGGGCUGUCAUGUGCCUUUUUUACUGACGAGUGGCUUCCGUCUGGCCACUCUACCAUAAAGGCCUGAUUGGUGGAGUGCUGCAGAGAUGGAUGGCCUUCUGGAAGGUUCUCCCCUUUCCACAAUGGAACUCUGGCGCUCUGUCAGAGUGACAAUCGGGUUCUUGGUCACCUCCCUGACCAAGACCCUUCUCCCCCGAUUGCUCAGUUUGGCCGGGCGGCCAGUUCUAGGAAGAGUCUUGGUGGUUCCAACAUUCUUCCAUUCAAGAAUGAUGUAGCCACUGUUUUCUUGCGGACCUUCAAUGCUGCAGAAAUGUUUUCGUACCCUUCCCCAUAUCUGUGCCUCGACACAAUCCUGUCUCGGAGUUCUACGGAGAAUUCCUUCGACAUCAUGGCUUGGUUUUUGCUUUGACAUGCACUGUCAACUGUGGGACCUUAUAUAGACAGUUGUGUGCCUUUCCAAAUCAUGUCCAAUCAGUUGAAUUUACCACAGGUGGACUCCAAGUUGUUGAAACAUCUCAAGGAUGAUCAAUGGAAACAGGAUGCACCGGAGUUCAAUUUCGAGUCUCAUAGCAAAGGGUCUGAAUAUUUAUGUAAAUAAGGUAUUUCAGUUUAUUUGUAAUACUUUUUUUUAUUUUAUUCUAAAAACCUGUUUACACUUUGUCAUUAUGGGGUAUUGUGUGUGUGUGUAGAUUGAUGAGGAAAAAAUAAUAAUUUAAUCAAUUUUAGAAUAAGGCUGUAACGUAACAAGGUGGAAAAACAAGGGGCCCCGUGUAGCUCAGUUGGUAGAGCAUGGCGCUUGCAACGCCAGGGUUGUGGGUUCGAUUCCCACAGGGGGGCCAGUAUGAAGAAAAUAAUAAUAAAGAAAUAAAAUGUAUGCACUCACCCAUUGGGCCACUCUUCCCAGGCAGAGAUGCAGAGUUGGUUAUUUUAUUUUUCUAUAGGUAGGUUUUUUCUUAAAGGUUUUUAGGCAAAAUAACCCAAACAAAACGGAAAGCUUCUUGAACAGGAAGUUUACAUUCUGUCAAACAUGUUAUUGUUAUAUGUCAUGGAUCCUAUGGAGGGAGGCAAAGGGCAACAGUCUGGUUUCAGUCACUGAUAAGGUAGGACAGCUGUGGAGUCGGGAGGAGUGAGGAUUUCGGCCCGAGGUCAGAUGAAGUGAGAAGGAACAGUCCUAUUGCACAUAAAUAUACUUCCACGCCCACCUCCUUCCUUUCUGUUAGCAUGUGCAUGUAGUAAGUACACCAUCAUGCUUUCGGGAUACGUGUCUUUUCAGAUUCCACAGUGAUUCUUUAGUUGUGGACACUACAUCACCACACUCCCUCUCUUGGUCUCGGUCCUCAUCUUUGUAAGUCACCUUGAUUUAGCACCUGUGUGUGUUUUAUCAGUUCCUUUAUGAAAAUAUUUAGCAAACUCCAUGACAGUAGCUAAAGCAAGGGGCUAUUAGCAGCACACAAGUAGACUACAAUGCAUGCUGGGCCGGGCAUGCCCUGAGCUCGUGAAGUGAGCUCUACUGGAGCGAAAUUGGAGCCGGUGAGAAGGCCGACCCUCCAGCCUUCGGGAAUCUCGCUCCGCGCUACAGUUAAAUUGGGCACGCUCCUCGCUCCGCUCACAUACUCUGCUACUGGCCCGCUGAAGAAGUGUGCUCUUCACGGGUGAAUCUUGGUUUCAACUGUACCGGGCAGAUGGCAGACAGUGUGUAUGGUAUCAUGUGGACGUGCUGGUUGGUGAUGUCAACGUUGUGAAUAGAGUGCCCCAUGGUGGCGGUGGGGUUAUGGUAUGGGCAGGCGUAAGCUACGGACAACGAACACAAUUGCAUUUUAUCGAUGGCAAUUUGAAUGCACAGAGAUACCGUGACGAGAUCCUGAGGCCCAUUGUCGUGCCAUUCAUCCGCUGCCAUCACCUCAUAUUUCAGCAUGAUAAUGCACGGCCCCAUGUCACAAGGAUCUGUACACAAUUCCUGGAAGCUGAAAAUGGCCCAGUUCUUCCAUGGCCUGCAUGCUCACCAGACGUGUCACCCAUUUGAGCAUGUUUCUGAUGCUCUGGAUCGAGGUGUACGACAGCGUGAUCCAGCUCCCGACAAUAUCCAGCAACUUCGCACAGCCAUUGAAGAGGAGUGGGGCAACCUUCCACAGGCCACAAUCAACAGCCUGAUCAACUCUAUGUGAAUAAGAUGUGUUGCGCUGCAUGAGACAAAUGGUGAUCACACCAGAUACUGACUGGUUUUCUGAUCCACGCUUCUACUUUUAUUUUUUAUUUUUUUUAAAUGUAUCUGUGACCAACUGAUGCAUAUCUGUAUUCCCAGUCAUAUGGAAUCCAUAGAUUAGGACCUAAUGAAUUUAUUUCAAUUGACUGAUUUCCUUAUAUGAACUAUAACUCAGUAAAAUUGUUGAAAUUGUUGCAUGUUGCGUUUUAUUUUUGUUCAGUGUAUGUUUUGAAUUCUAAGACAUUCUUAGGUUUGUAUCAUUCACAACUAAAGUUGCCAAAAAACUCUAAAUCUCGCGUAUAGGACCUGUUUCAAGUGAUGACUUUUACGCUCAACAUAGCCACUUCAUAUGCGUACUCUCUCUGGAAUAGAAAAAAAUAUCCUUUGUAUUUUAUUCAGCUAAGUUCAAUUAUAUUCUUCUCACUAUAAAAUCAUAUAAUAUAAAAAUAAUGGCACAGAUUUAUAAGCAUAUCUUGUCUGCUAAAUGAACUAGUCUACAUCCUAGGCUGCCAUUGGCAUGGCGCAUAGCCAGAUAACUCAUAUUCUGUUCUUCUGAAAUACAUUUUCUUCAUAUCAUAUGAUGUUUCUUUAGACCUGCCUAAAAUAAUGGAUUUAUUGUGAUGGUGGAUAUUAAAUUGAGUUAUUAUACUAAAAUGUGUAUGUUCCAAAAGCGCGCAUUAGCUGCUUGUAUGAAGGAGGCUUGUAUGUGUGGAAGCCUCGAGAUGCUGAGCUUGCUUAUAUUAACGGUCAAUUACCAUGAGACAGGCAGGCUUUUGCAUGACAAUACCCACCCUACACACACACACACACACACACACACACACACUGUCCAUCUACACAGUAAAGAUAAAUAAUCCACCCUGGGAUCUGGUGAGACUGACUAGCUGUGGAGUUUGGACUUUGUUAUCUAAUUCUGUAUUUACAAUGUUAAUGAAUGACUGUUUAGAACAGCCUCAAUUUUUUUUGAAAAUGAGGGAUUCUUUUCAGCGCAACCACCGGACUUCGUGUAAAUGGUAAAAAUAAGGAAAUUCAAGACUAGAUCUAAAAAUGUCUUUUUGGUAAAGCGGUAUGUGGAAUCGGCCCAUGGACGUGUGUGUAGCUACACUGUUCUGUGCCUGAUGUUGUGAGGCGAACUGUAAAAUGUGUAGGUAAAUGUAGGUAACUUUUUUUUUAAUGAAGUUUGAUUUGAUGGUCUGGUGCGUGGGUUUGUGUUGUGUUGUCGUCCUCAGGCACAUCCAGGAUCCGGCCAGUCAGCGCCUGACGUGGAACAAACCUCCAGUCAACGUUCUGGUCAUCAGGAAGAUACGAGACGAGAGCCUGGUGGAACCGUUCAAAGAACUCUGCCGCUUCCUUGUUGAGGUACUGUAUCGUAGAGUUGAAGUGAGUGAGUGUGUCUGCUUGCACGUUGUUGUUUAUGAUGUGUUCAACCAGUUUGAAUAGGAACUAUGUACAUUAUCAAUGGUAGAACUAUAGAAAUCAAUGCAGUUUUAGAAAUAUCUCUCUUGGUGGAAGCAUGUAGUCAGAAUGUAAUGAAAGCAUUCAUUUUGUAGUCUUUGCUUGUCUCAUACAUGCAAAGAUGAUAUCAGACUGUUCAGUCCUAAUCAGUUCUACUGGGUACCUGCCAGGGUUGGCGUUUUCAAUUCAGUAUCGAGGAAGUGAAGUGACGUUCCAGGUCCAUGUUUUCCAGGAGAAGCAGAUGAUGGUGUAUGUGGAGAGGAGGGUUGUGGCUGACGUCUCCCUCACUACGGACGAGACCUUCGCCUCAAUCCGAAACCAACUCUGUACCUUCAGAGAAGGUAACAAACACCCAUAACAUCCACCCAGCAGUCUGUCAGAUCCAUUCCUCUCCAGCCAAACGGUUCCAGUAAACGCGUGUGUUGGGUUACACGGCUACAACAUAUAGUUAUACUGAAAGCCAGCCCUCCUGACCUGUGUUUCCUAUCCAGGUUAUGAUGACAUCUCUCACUGUAUUGACCUCAUCAUAUGUCUGGGAGGAGACGGGACUCUACUCUACGCCUCCUCUCUCUUCCAGGUACCCACUAACACAUACAGUACACCAGGGGUUGGCAACCCUGUUCCUGGGCAACCCUGUUCCUGGGCAACCCUGUUCCUGGGCAACCCUGUUCCUGGGCAACCCUGUUCAUGGAAUGCCUCAGGUACUGCAGGAUUUUGUUCCAACUAGGCAUCACAGCUGACCGACUGAGCUAAUUGAUCAGUUCAGUGAUUGCCUAAAUUCAACAACACCUGGUCUUCCAGGUCAGUUAAACCAAAAACAUGACGUUCCUGCGGCCCCCCAGGACCAGGGUUGCCUAGCCCUGCUCUGCAGUUUACUGGGGGCGGGGGUGGGGGCUCUCUAUGUACUCAGAAACAGACCCAGUAUAGCAGGGUUUUGCUCCAGCCCUGCUCUAACACAGUGGUUUCAAACUGUGGUUUUAUUCGUUUCUUUUUUUUUUCUUUAAUGGAACUCAGUCAUGUUUUAACCUUACUCUUGAAAGUUGUAAUAGUAGAACGCACAAGGUGCAAUUUCGAAAUUGGGUAGGGCAUCAUUGUCCAGAUCAGAAAUGUCCAGAUCAACUAGCCCAUGUCAGCCGUUUUUAUAUUAGGUUUUGUAGCACAUAGAUAUUAUUGUAAUUUUUUCGUCACUCAAAUAUCACAAAUACACAUUAGACAUGACAAAAUGUGUAGAAUUGCAGGAAAUAAGCCCCAACACUGGAAGGGAGGGGGGGGGGAAGGGGUGCCCCGAGUGAAAAGGUUUGGGAACCCCUGAGUUAUAGUAUGCUCUAACACCUGCUUAAUCUAACCAGGGUCUUGUACUUGUGUGGUUCAGGGCAGGCUGGCUGUGUGUGUUUGGUGAUGAGUGGCUGUCUGGGUUCCGUCUGGGUUCCGUCUGGGUUCCGUCUGGGUUCUGUCUGGGUUCCGUCUGGGGCAGUGUGUUUGGGUUAGUCGUCAUCAUUGUCUCCAUGUUAAUCUUCACCAUCAUCGUCACCACCAUCAUCAUCAUCGUACUUGGAACAGAACAGAAUGACGUGAAGACGUGAUGUUGAGUUGUCUGUUUUCAUUGGCCAGACUUUGUGUGCAUCCCAAAUGGCACCUCAGUCCCUACAUAGCUCACUACUUUUUGAACAGGGCCCAUAGGGGGACAGAGUUAUUGUAAUGGCUGAAAUGGAAUCAACAUGACUUGGCUUCCAUUCCAGCUACCUCAGCUGGUAGAGCACGGCGCUUGUAACGCCAAGGUAGUGGGUUCGAUCCCCGGGACCACCCAUACACAAAAAAAAUGUAUGCACGCAUGACUGUAAGUCGCUUUGGAUAAAAGCGUCUGCUAAAUGGCAUAUUAUAUUAUUAUAAUGAGCCUGUCCUCCUAUAGCUCCUCCCACCAGCCUAUUCUGUCUGGAACUAGGAAAUGAUGACAGAUGCUUUAUUCUCCGUCAUAUUUCCAGUACUUAUAGCUACAAUUACAUUUGUCAUUUAGUAGACGCUCUUAUCCAGAGCUACUUACAGAGCAAUUAGGGUUAAGUGCCUUGCUCAAGGGCACAUCGACCAACGGUCUUAACCGCUAGGCUACCUACCGCCCUAUGUUUUUCUCUCUUCUCUUUCUCUCUCUCCCCGUCCAUCUCUCUCUCUCAGGGCAGUGUUCCUCCAGUUAUGGCGUUCCACCUGGGUUCUCUGGGUUUUCUGACACCGUUCAAGUUUGAAUCAUACAAGACAGAGGUGGCUAAAGUAUUUGAAGGUAGAGGAUUCCUUUCAAAUUAAAAUAAAUAGUGCUGUCAAUCAGUGAUAUAUCUGCCAGUUCAUGAUCUGAUGGAUGUCUUUGUCUGUCUGUCUGUGUGUGUGUGUGUGUGUGUGUGUGUGUGUGUGUGUGUGUGUGUGUGUAUUUACCUGUGUGUAUCCGUAUGUGUACCAGGUAAUGCAGCCAUCACGCUGCGUAGUCGUCUGAAGGUGAAGGUGGUGAAAGACAUGCUCCAGAGGACAGGCCAGCCAGGCCAGCAGCAGUACCAGGGGACCGGGGCCCUG